AUGUCCUCCACUAGGAAACGACCGCUCGUAUCAUCGGGCUCCCAGGUACCGGGCAAGAAGCGCAAGACGGACUCCGCCAUGCAGAAGUUUUACGCCGUGAGGAUUGGGAUGAGGCCUGGGGUUUAUCGGACGUGGGAGGAGUGCCAGGCGCAGACGGCUGGCUUCAAAGGCGCUUCAUACAAAUCCUUCCUCUCCCUAGAAGAAGCCCAAGCAUUCGUCGCGGGUAAAAAGAUCAAGUCUUCCACGAGCCCCACCGAGCCACCAAAGUUCUACGCGGUCGCCAAGGGAGCGUUUACGGGGAUCUUUACGGACUGGGACCAAGCCAGCAAGGCGAUUAAGGGUCAGAAGGGUCCUAAGUAUAAGAGGUUCCCCACGCGCGAGGAGGCGGUGGCGUUUAUCAAGGAAUGGGGUGAUGCUGAUGCGAUUGCCGCCCUGGGCGAGGAGGUGUCCGACGCCGAGAGCGACGAGGAGUCAGAUGAGGUCGAUGAUGAUAGUGAGAGGCUUGAAGUUGAGGAGCUGUCUGAAGUCAAGAAGAAAAAGGGAAAAAGCGUGUUGAGUAUCUGGACGGAUGGGUCGAGCUUGAAGAAUGGUAGGGCCGGUGCUGCGGCGGGAGUUGGUGUCUUUUUCGGCCUCGGCGAUACAAGAAACAUCUCCGAACGCCUACACGGCGAAGUCCAAACAAACCAACGCGCCGAGCUGACCGCCAUCCUCCGCGCCCUCCAUACCGUCGACGCCGAUGAAGCCGUGCAAAUCAUCACUGACAGCCAGUACAGCAUAAACUGCGCUACGGUGUGGGCAUCGUCGUGGGAGAAGAAUGACUGGAAGACGUCGAACGGCGAGAGCGUGAAGAACCAGGACCUCGUCAAGGGUAUCCGCGAGAGGAUGAAAGAGCGUGAGAAGGCGGGCGGAAAGACGACGUUCAAGUGGGUCAAGGGCCAUGCUAGUGACCCUGGUAACCAUGCGGCGGACCAGCUGGCUGUUGCGGGUGCUAGGAAGGCUCUUUGGUGA